UCCUUCUGCUCUCGCCCCGCUCGCCGCUUAUCCUCGCGUUCUAAGUCCUAAAGCUCUCUCGGUUCUCUCCUCUUCUUGCCGAUCUCGAGUGAGAAGAAGCCGACGCCAUCGCCAUGGCUCUUCUCGUGGAGAAGACGUCCUCCGGGCGUGAGUACAAGGUGAAGGACCUCUCCCAGGCCGAUUUCGGCCGUCUUGAGCUCGAGCUCGCCGAGGUGGAGAUGCCCGGCCUCAUGGCCUGCCGAUCCGAAUACGGCCCCUCCCAGCCCUUUAAGGGCGCCCGCAUCUCCGGCUCCCUCCACAUGACCAUCCAGACCGCCGUCCUUAUCGAGACCCUCACCGCCCUCGGUGCCGAGGUCCGCUGGUGCUCCUGCAACAUCUUCUCCACUCAGGACCACGCCGCCGCCGCCAUCGCCCGCGACUCCGCUGCCGUGUUCGCCUGGAAGGGCGAGACCCUCCAGGAGUACUGGUGGUGCACUGAGCGUUGCCUUGAGUGGGGCCCCGCCGGCGGCCCCGACCUCAUCGUUGACGACGGCGGGGACGCCACCCUCCUCAUCCACGAGGGCGUCAAGGCCGAGGAGGAGUACGAGAAGACCGGGAAGAUGCCCGACCCGGCCUCCACCGACAACGCCGAGUUCCAGAUCGUGCUGGGGCUCAUCCGGGACAGCCUCAAGGUGAAUCCCAAGAAGUACCACAAGAUGAAGGAGAGGCUCGUCGGCGUCUCUGAGGAGACCACCACCGGCGUCAAGAGGCUGUACCAGAUGCAGGCCAGCGGGGCCCUCCUCUUUCCGGCCAUCAACGUUAACGACUCCGUCACCAAGAGCAAGUUCGAUAAUCUGUACGGAUGCCGGCACUCUCUCCCUGAUGGCUUGAUGAGGGCCACUGAUGUGAUGAUUGCUGGCAAGGUCGCUGUGGUCUGUGGUUAUGGUGAUGUGGGCAAGGGUUGUGCUGCUGCCUUGAAGCAAGCUGGAGCCCGGGUGAUUGUCACCGAAAUUGACCCCAUUUGUGCCCUUCAGGCCCUGAUGGAGGGCAUCCCUGUUCUCACCUUGGAGGAUGUGGUCUCCGAGGCUGAUAUCUUCGUGACUACAACUGGUAACAAGGAUAUCCUCAUGGUUGGUCACAUGAGGAAGAUGAAGAACAAUGCAAUUGUCUGCAACAUUGGCCACUUUGACAACGAGAUUGAUAUGCAUGGGUUGGAGAACUUCCCGGGUGUCAAACGCAUCACCAUCAAGCCCCAGACUGAUCGCUGGGUAUUCCCUGACACCAACUCCGGUAUCAUUGUGCUCGCUGAGGGGCGUCUGAUGAACCUUGGUUGUGCCACCGGCCACCCCAGCUUUGUCAUGUCCUGCUCCUUCACCAACCAGGUGAUUGCUCAGCUGGAACUGUGGAAGGAGAGGGCAAGUGGCAAGUAUGAGAAAAAGGUGUAUGUGCUGCCCAAGCAUCUGGAUGAGAAGGUGGCAGCCCUCCACCUGGGCAAGCUGGGAGCCAAGCUAACCAAGCUCACACCAUCCCAGGCCGAGUACAUCAACGUUCCAAUUGAGGGACCCUACAAGCCUGCUCACUACAGGUACUAGAAAGUAUGGGACAGAUGACAACAGGUAGCAACAACAGCUGCAAACCACAACUCAUAAAGAUGAUUUGAGCGAUCGCAAUGGCUAUUUUCUUCCUUACUGUUAUCAUCAUCUCUCUAUCUCCCUUUAGGAUUUUAAUUUGCUUGCUCUCGGCUUCAAUUAUGAUGAAUGAGGAAGUCAUGUUUUGGUAGGAAUAAUGAGGUGGUGAAGGGUGGCGUAAUGGCCAGAUAUAUUUUUAUCUUUGGCUGUUGCACGUCUUCAUCUUCCCAUCUUCAGACUGUCUCUUCUUUCGAUUAUAACUAUGUUUUGUCCAACAGUUGCAAGUCAAAAUAUUGAUUUUUGCGAUGCGUCGCAAGUGAUCGUAAGACUUGUUAUUUUGCAAAUGCGUAAAUUUCAGAAUGGAAACAAAUUGCUAAAAA